CCCCCCCUCCCCCGCCUCUUCAUCGGAGUUACCUGGCUUGGUUGGGCCUUCGGCGUCAUCCCGAAAAUAGCGCUCAAGCCAAUCAGCAGAAACUUUGCUUUUCUGGGCGGCCGUUCAUUGGUUGAUAACGCAGAGCCCGUUCUGUUGUCCAUAUUGGCUAUUGUCGCUGUCAGUCAGGGCCGUGGGUCGAACCUUACCCCACUCUUUGUCUGUGUAAGCUCUUGUUGUCUGGGAGAGUGGCAGAGGCACUGCUGUAGAUUGGUCACUGGGAGAAACCUCUGGUCCGUUGCUAUUGGCCCGCCCGCCGGCGGGCGUUGCUGAUUGGUAGGACCGAGCAAUCUGGGUCCUAGUUGGCAGCGCUCUCCCCGGAUGGAAGCUCCGGCCGCGGAGUGAUGGUGGCGGCAGAGAAGAUGGGCCGGGCAGGGACCAUGGCAGAGGUGGCAGGGGCGGGGCGCCUGGCAAUAGAGGAGGCUGUGGUCUACAGGGGGCUGUAGGUGGAGGCAUGGCUCAGGCCAGCAGCGGGAACGGCAGCGAGGAAGCCUGGGGGGCACUUCGGGUGCCGCAACAGCAGCUUCGAGAGCUGUGCCCAGGAGUGAACAACCAGCCCUACCUCUGUGAGAGUGGUCACUGCUGCGGGGAGACAGGCUGCUGCACCUACUACUAUGAGCUCUGGUGGUUCUGGCUGCUCUGGACUGUCCUCAUCCUCUUUAGCUGCUGUUGCGCCUUCCGUCAUCGACGAGCUAAACUCCGGCUGCAGCAACAGCAGCGGCAGCGUGAGAUCAACUUGUUGGCCUACCAUGGGGCAUGCCAUGGGGCUGGCCCUGUCCCUUCCGGUUCACUGCUUGACCUUCGCCUUCUCAGCGCCUUCAAACCCCCUGCCUACGAGGAUGUGGUUCACCGCCCUGGCACACCACCACCUCCUUACACUGCAGCCUCAGGCUGCCCCUUGACUGCUUCCAGUGAACGUACCUGCUGCUCCUCUGCUUCUAGCUGCCCUACCCACUGCGAGGGAACAAAUGUGGAAGGUGUUUCCUCCCACCAGAGUGCCCCCCCUCAUCAAGAGGAUGAGCCUGGGGCAGGGGUGAGCCCCGCCCCCACGCCCCCAUCCUGCCGUUAUCGCCGCCUGACUGGUGACUCAGGUAUUGAGCUCUGCCCUUGUCCUGACUCCAGUGAGGGCGAGCCAAUCAAGGAAGCUAGGGCUAGUGCCACUCCACCAGAUUUGGAGGACCCUUGUGUGCUGCCCCUUGAUCCUGUGCCCCAGGUCUCUCCUGUGGGGCUAGCUUCCAGUGAAGGGGACAUCCCAUAAUCAGUUUUGGGAGGGUGGGUGGAUUACUUGCCCACCAGAAACAGCCCUGGCCCCAACUCCUCUGAGUUCUCCUUGGCCUUUCCCUGCCUCCUCGAAUCUGCCUGAAAGGGGUGGAAUCCUGAGGAGAGUGGCUGUGUUUGGGGGACUGUGCUAGCUCUACCCCCUAAAACAUACACAGAAGCCUUUGAUCUCAUUAAAGAGAUGUGAACCA